CAUUAGCUAAUAAUACUAUCAAAAAUAUUACUCAAAUAGAAUCAAAUCUUGAAAUUAUCAAAAAUGAAAAUAUUAUUCAAAUAGCAUCAAAUGUUGAAAUCAUCAAAAAUGAAAAUUUACAAACUUAUGAGGAGUUAUAUGGUCAGCUAAUAAAUGCAACAGAAAAUGCACUGAAAAUUCUUAAGGAUCAACAAAAUAAAAAAACUUUAAAUGGAUAA